AUGAGUUCACCAGCCAGGAAAGUAUCUGUACCUCAUACGGUGCGCACUGCGGCAGAGCCCCGUCAGAAUAGACUCUUUACCGUCCGGUUAUCGCAUAUCGAACAGGCCAAUCCGACGGUGCGACUUCUGCAGUUGACAAUUCCUGCUAGCAAUGUGCAAGAUCCAGAGCCGGAAAGUCAAAGAGAGGGAUUUGAAGGAGCCGGUCAACUGCAGCCGCUCACAUUUUUGCCUGGACAAUGGCUCGACGUUUACAUACCUUCUGUCUCUAAUGCCGGUGGGUUCAGCAUAACCUCCACGCCAGCAGAUGCACAGGUUCUUCCCUCGCUAGAGCCUACCACUGAGCCUAUUUCCGCAGAGGAAAAUGGGGGUCCUCCAAUGGAUCCCAGGGGCCGUGAUCCUUAUGUAGAAUUGGCUGUCCAGAAUGCUCCCGCCAACCCGGCCAGCGCCUGGCUCUGGAAACCCAAGGAAGAAAUCCUAGGUAAGGACCUUAGCAUUCGGGUCGGUGGCAGCUUUGUAUGGCCUCCUUCUAGCAUGGAUCUGGAGAAGAUCCGGAACGUUGUCUUUGUGGCCGGCGGGGUUGGCAUAAAUCCUCUUAUAUCCAUGCUCUCCCAUUUAAACAACAAUGACGAAACCACCAUUCUCCACCAUCCAUCUUUGAAUAUUCGCUUUCUUUACUCUUCCAAGCUCCCUGAAGCCUCGACCCCAGAGAGGGCCCUCGAUCAGAUCCUCUUUCUCCCACGUCUACGCCAAAUUCUCCGCUCCCAGUCACAAUCCCACCGUCUGCAGAUCACUCUCGAUCUCUUUUUAACUAACCUUCAUGAUCCGCCCUCUCCGCUUCUAGUCCAGCGUCCGGAAGAUCUAACGAUCCAUCCCCGGCGAAUCAACCGGGACGAUUUACAAAGGACGAUCGUCGGAACAGAUAUACAAUUCACCCCUCAAGACACCGUAUGUUACGUCUGUGGGCCACCCGAGAUGACAGAUGAAGUUAUCAAAACCCUUGGAGAGCUCUUAGACGGGCGGAAAGAGCAGAUAAUCUUCGAAAAGUGGUGGUGA